CACUUCCAUCUUUCUUCCUUCCUUUUGUUUUCAUUCCCUUGUUUUUUCUAUUCUUGUAUUCUCAUCUCACUUCUUUUCAUAGACUGACAAUGUUUCUGUUGGUAUAAAUCUCAAGCAAACUUUGCUGGGCUCUCAUGCAGCUCAUGAGGGCCUAAGUUAUAAGACAAAAGAGCCCCUCACAGAUCUAUUCUGUAUAAUCCCAUCUGAGGUCCAGGCUUCUGAGAGGCAGGAGCCCACAUAAAAUCAUGGGCUUCCUUUCCUUAGCAAGUUCUUAGCCAGCCAUCAUCUCUGUGUUCCCUCUAAAGGAUACUUUUAAAAAGUUUUACAGUGCUGGAAAUGAAGCCCAGGACCUCACACAUACUGAACAAAUACUCUCUCUCCACAGAGCUAUUUUUCUGGCCCAUAAAAUGUUUCAGUUUUUUUUAACAGAGUUUCACUCUAUAACACAAACUGACUUUGAACUUACUCUGUAGCUCUCAAGCUCUAUGUUCCUGCUGCCUUACCCUAUCAAAUUCUGGGAUUUGGACUGCUUUAUCAAUUUUUGCAAUAUAAUUAAGCCAACAUUUUCUUUCCUUCCCUUCCCUUUGUGACAGGACUUAAUGAAUGCCAGGCUAUCAUUAAACUUACUAUAAAGCCAAGGGUAACCUUAAAUCCUGAUCUUCCUGUCUCCAUCCCCCAAGUGCUAGGAUUACAAGCCUAUGUCUGGCUAGCCUGAGAUUUUUCUUAUAUCUUUAUAUUCAUUUUUUUCAUGAUUAUUUCUUUUCCCAACUGUUCUGUCUACUUCAUUUUACCAUAAGCAGCAGUAAAAAAACCAGACCAUGCCUUUUACAGUAUGCUUGAGAAUCUCCUUUCCUAUAAAGCCCCAGAGCAAUUGGCACUUUAUAACAAGGCUAACUUUUCCUCCCACACCCAAUAAUGGCUUCUUCAACUUCCUUCUAAGGUCUCACCAAAAGAUCUAUGAUAUUCAUGUUCCUAUCGAUACUUUGUUUAGGAUGAUGUAAAUGAAAGCUUCAACAGAAGACUCUCCAUUGUUCUUUCUUUUUGAGCUUGCACCAGAAUUGUGUUUACUAUCCAUGUUACUAAAUUUGUUUUAAUAUAAAGGCUUACUAUACAGGCCAGGAUAGCCUUGAAAUCAUGAUCCUUCUACAUCAUCCUUCCAAGUCCUGGGAUUACAGAUAUUCAGUACCAUACCUGGCUUCACUUUGUAUUCCUACCAGCAGGGUUUCGGGUUUUCUUUGUUUUUGUUUUUGUUUUUGUUUUUGUUUUAAGCAGUGCAGGGCUCUUUCUACUACACAUCUCAAAACUCUGUAGCUUUUGUUCACUCUACCCAGUUCCAAAUCCAUUUUUACAUCCUUAGGUAUUUGUGGUAUUUGUUUAUAUAAACCCCCAAUUCCUGGCACCAAAACCUAUUAUUAGCUUCCUGAAGCUACUCUGAGAAGAGCAGAAUAAAGCAGGUUCUUUAAACAACCAAAAUUUAUCUUCUCACAAUUUUUGGGACCAAGAGUAUGAAUGGAAGUGUCAACAGGGCUGUGCUCCCUCUGAAAGCUCCAGAACCAAGGGCCAGGAAGUACAAGUGCGGCCUGCCCCAGCCGUGUCCUGAGGAGCACCUGGCCUUUCGCAUAGUCAGCGGGGCUGCCAAUGUCAUCGGGCCCAAGAUCUGCCUCGAGGACAAGAUGCUCAUGAGCAGCAUCAAGGACAAUGUGGGCCGUGGACUGAACAUCGCCCUGGUGAAUGGGGUCAGUGGUGAGCUCCUAGAAGCCAGAGCCUUUGACAUGUGGGCUGGAGAUGUCAAUGAUCUCUUGAAGUUCAUCCGGCCGUUGCAUGAAGGUACCUUGGUGUUUGUGGCAUCCUAUGAUGAUCCAGCUACCAAGAUGAAUGAAGAGACCAGGAAGCUUUUUUCUGAGCUGGGCAGCAGGAAUGCCAAGGAGCUAGCCUUCCGUGACAGCUGGGUGUUUGUGGGAGCCAAGGGUGUGCAGAACAAGAGCCCCUUUGAGCAGCAUAUGAAGAACAGUAAGCACACCAACAAGUAUGAGGGCUGGCCAGAGGCCCUGGAGAUGGAAGGCUGUAUUCCUCGAAGGAGCAUGGCGGGCUAACACAGCAGAGCUCUGGGACCAGACUGAAGGAGGCAGCAUGGCACCAGUGUAGGGUGGAGACUGUGCCCCAUGCCCAGGCAUGAGGCUCCCCCUUCCUAACACAUUAGGGCUUGAAAUUGGCCUCAAGGUGAUGGGGGCUACAGGGCUGGCCCGUUUCAUUUUGUCAGGGAGUUUAGGUACCUGUGUCUUUGUUUUCCUAAAGCUGAUCCCACAGUCAGUUACCAACCAGCCCCUUCCUCUGCCCAUCCUGUUUCAUCUUCUGUUUCUUGAGUGCCCCCCAGAGGCAAAGGUCUUCAGUGCUUGGUCCUCCUACUGGAACAGCCAUCCGGUAGGUUGGGACAUUUUCAAGAAACUCUCCAUCCCAGAGGCACUGAACUGCUAUCCAACCCUGUUUUAAAUGUGAUCUUUUAAUUAAGCCGAAUCAGAGCUUAAUCAGAUGACUUCUGCAAGCCUUAAUAGAGCAAUUUGACCUUUAGUGCCCAAGUAGCUGGAGUCCAAUCAAAGUCCCUCACAAGGUGUAUGACAGUAUGCAGUUUGUCAGAGGGUUCACCUUCUAAAUGACCUGUUUGUUAAUAAACUAAUCUUUUGCAGUGAAAUAAAAGCAUAUUCAGAUGUCCUCAGUGGAAAGUCAA